CUAAUAUUUCUUUGAAAACAACUCAAAUACAGUGUAGAGGGGUGUGCUGUAAGUAUUUAUUGUCACUAGAACCUGAUUGAUAUCACAGAUUGUACUUAGUAUUACCGUUCAAAGCAAUAUGACGUCUCCAUGGGCAAAAAUUCAACAGCCUCAUCCAGUAAAUCUGGAAGAAAUUCUAUCUGAAGAGUUGGCCAGACAACUGCAAAUUAAAGAAGAUAAAAAACUGAGUCAAAAAAAUAAUGAAGGCUUUAAAACUGUGUUUGAUAACAUUUCUGAUAGUGGGGAAGCCAUGGUUGAGGAAUUUAAUAGAUCUUCCACAUUGCUUGAUGAUUGUGGAGAAGAUGAUUUCAUCAGUAAUUCGGAUAAUGAAGAAGAAAUUUUAGAUGCCAAGGAAAGAAAAUUCUGGGAUAGAUUUGAAAAUUUAGAACCUGAAUUAGAUUUAAAUCCACAGUGCCCUAAUAAAAAUAAAGGACAUAUUUUAACAGAAGAUUAUCAAGUGAUGUCUGAAAUACAAAGAGUCUGUAGAUUGAAAGUGUAUCCACAUAAGUGUUUUAGUGAAACUAUCGAAUGCUGUCAAGAAAAGUUUACAUAUACGAUACUUUAUAAAAUGAUAGAAAAACAACUUUUGAAAAGCAUUCAUGGUAUCAUCGGUGAAGGUAGAGAAGCAAUAAUCCUUCAUGCCAAUUCAGAUCCCUCAUCCUUUUUGGAUGUUAACUUGCCUAAAGAAUGUGCUAUAAAAGUCUAUAAAACAAUCCUAUCUGACUUCAAAGGAUGUGAAAAAUUUGGCGAAUUGGAUCAUAGAUUUAUGAACAGAAAAGGAAGACAAGCUUCCACAAGCAUUAUAAGUAUUUGUGCUGAGAAGGAAAUGACCAAUCUGAUGUUAAUGCAAGAGGCUGGAAUACCUUGUCCAAAAGUAGUUACACUUCGAAAACAUGUAUUGGUGAUGGAGUUUAUUGGGAAAAACCAGAUACCUGCUCCAACAUUAAAGGAUGUGAGAAGGUUAGACAUUGAUUGGAAAAAUGCUUAUGAACAGGUCAUUGUAUAUAUGAAGAUUCUCUUUAACAAGUUAAAUUUGGUACAUGCAGAUCUGAGUGAAGAUAAUAUCUUGUGGUAUGAAGGCCAAUGUUAUCUUAUUGAUGUCAGUGAAUGUGUAGAGAAAAGCCAUGAAAAAGCACUAUUAUGCUUAUAUAGAGAUUGUACUAAUAUCACAGAUUUUUUUUCUAAGAAAGAUGUACCAAAUGUGGCUACACCAAAUGGGCUGUUUAGUUAUAUAACAGGCUUCGAUUUUAAUGACCGGGUUGCUCUACCUGAUAAAAAGGAAUCUCUCAAAUUUAAACGGAAACCACAUCCAAUUCAGAAGCCCCCAAUAGAACUAGAAUACAAUGUAGUUAAACAAAGGAAGAGAAAAAAUUCAGAAACACCCAAUAGGACUAGAAUACAAUGUAGUUAAACAGAGAGAAAAAAUUAGGAGAUUUAUAGUUUCAUGAGAAGCGUUUAUAACAGUAUAUUUAUUGUUUGGCUGUGAAAAUUCUUUCCAGUAUUUUUAUCAAUUUAAAUAACAUAAAUACGUAAAUAAGUAAAAUGUAUUCUAGUCACCUAAAAAGCUAUGUGAAAUAUUUUGUUGAAUAUUGUUUAAUUUUUUAAUUACACAUGAUUUUGGAAUAAAUAAAUUAAAUGACA